AUGGUCGCCUCCACCGCUCUGCACCUCCUCUCACUCCUCAACACCACCCCGCACUCACAACCUGCCUCACAACCUGCCUCGUCAGCCACUACCACCAUCCCCGCAUCCUCCUCCCCUUCCUCCCCUUCCCCCACCCCUCCCCCUCGCACGCCUUCGAUCCUCAUCCUCUCCCGGGGCUAUGCAGGGGGUGACGAGGCGCGCAUGCUGCAGCGCCAGCUCAGCGGCCGGCCGGUUAUCAUUGCCGUGGGACGGAAGCGCGCUGACGUGGCACGGCGAGUGAUUGGCCAGUUCGGGGCGUGGAGGGGAUGGGGAGGGGGAGCAGCGGAGGAGGGAAGGCAUGAGGGGAGGAAAGAGGAGAGGAGGAAAGAGGAGAGGAGGAAAGAGGAGGGGAGGAAAGAGGAGAGGAGGAAAGAGGAGAGGAGGAAAGAGGAGAGGAGGAAAGAGGAGGGGAGGAAAGAGGAGAGGAGGAAAGAGGAGAGGAGGAAAGAGGAGAGGAGGAAAGAGGAGGGGAGGAAAGAGGAGGGGAGGAAAGAGGAGGGGAGGAAAGAGGAGGGGAGGAAAGAGGAGGGGAGGAAAGAGGAGGGGAGGAAAGAGGAGAGGAGGAAAGAGGAGGGGAGGAAAGAGGAGGGGAGGAAAGAGGAGGGGAGGAAAGAGGAGGGGAGGAAAGAGGAGGGGAGGAAAGAGGAGGGGAGGAAAGAGGAGGGGAGGAAAGAGGAGAGGAGGAAAGAGGAGGGGAGGAAAGAGGAGGGGAGGAAAGAGGAGGGGAGGAAAGAGGAGGGGAGGAAAGAGGAGGGGAGGAAAGAGGAGGGGAGGAAAGAGGAGGGGAGGAAAGAGGAGGGGAGGGGCCAUGGGGGGGUGGAUGGGGGUGGUGCUGUGGGGCCUGUUGCUGCGGUGAUCAUGGACGAUGGCAUGCAGCUGGUGCCACGUGGACCAAUGAGGGAGCGGCUUGAGGCGCUGCAACGGGCAGAUGUGGUUGUCAUUCACAAUGCUGACCUGGCGCCCCCGGCGUGUGUGGCAGCGCUAGCAGCACAGCUACAGCACCACAUGCCACCACACGCCCUCCUCCUCCACUCCUCCCUCCGCCCCCUCCACCUCCUCUCCCCCUCGCCCUGCUACUGCGUCUCUUCUCCUCUCCAUUCUCUCCCCACUCCAUCAGAUCACCCUUUCACGUGCUCUCCUCCCACGCCUGCCUCUCCUGCCGGCCCGGCCUCCCCGGCGUGCCAUGAGCCGUGGGGCAGCACAGCCUUGAAAGGCGCCCAGGGCAGAGGGAACUCGCACCUGCUGCUGUGCCACAGGGAGGGGGGGGCUGGGGAAGGAGGAGGGGAGGAAGGGGAGGCAGGAGGCGGGGACAGGGUGGUGGCGUGUGCCAGCGUGGCGGGGCGUGAUGCCGUGUGUCUCUCUGCCAUUGGCUCGCCUGACGCCCUGCAAGCCACACUGCAGACGCAGCUGCACCUGAGGCGGGUGGUGAGCAUUGCCCUGCCCGACCACUCGCCCUUCUCCCUCCAGGAGGUGGGGGCAGUGCAGCAAGCCCUCGCCCUCCUCUCACGCACACCUGAUUCCAACUCGCCCUCACAUGAUGUGCAAGGCGCACACGCACACGUGAUGAAAGGAGAGGGUGGAGGCUGCGAGGGGGAUUCUGCGUGUGGGCGUGGGCCGUUGUUGAUACUGACAGAGAAG